GUAUUUCCAAGGUUGUCGAGGUCCCGCACAAAUUAAAUUAAACAAUUUCUUUAACGCAAAAUUGUCUGCCGGGCAUGAGCGUUCAGUAGUAUAAUGGUCGACGGAUAUAAAUAAACAACUCGGUACUCACUCCGUACGUGCAAUGUAAACUCGGACAGUGCGUCGUAAUUUUAGUGAUCGUUUGGCUGACCGGGCGUUUGAUCGAUACGUAUCUGCAAUUUUGUGCGAUGGAUCGGACUUUUUUAGUUUUCAUAUUUUACGCUCUGAUCGGUAUUGUUUUGAACCAGGGUCACGACUUGUGCACUACGCCCAGACGAAAUAAGGGCGAAUGCAAAGUGAUAACUUCUUGCGAGGCCUUGUACUCGUUGUUAAGAAAUAGACCGAUUAGUUCGGGCAGCGCAGACCUGCUGCGCAGAUCCCAAUGCGGUUUCGAAGGGAUGCUGCCGAAAGUGUGUUGCCCAUUGGUUAAGGAAGAACCAGAAGUUCCUUCUACUCCGCGAUCUCUCGCUCCCCAAGGUCCAGUAUCGUCCAGUCUGCUACCCACGACAAACGAAUGCGGCCUGUCUACAGAUGAUAAGAUCUACGGGGGCUCCAAGGCGAAACUGGACGAUUUCCCUUGGAUGGCUCUAAUUGAAUAUCAAAGACCUGACGGCCAGUCGGAUUUCAACUGCGGCGGCGCAUUGAUAAACCGGAAGUAUGUACUGACAGCGGCACAUUGUCUCAAGGGAAAAGAUUUGCCUAAAGAUUGGAAAGUAAUAAGCGUCAGGCUGGGCGAAUACGAUACAGAUACGGACAUCGACUGUAUUCCGAGCCUGUUAGGAGAACAGUGCGCCCCACCAGCUAUAGAUGUACCCGUUCAAGAAUGGGUAGCCCACGAACAAUACAAUCCGUUCGACCUGAACCAAUACCACGACAUUGGUUUGCUUCGGUUGGCACGGGAAAUAACUGUUACAGAUUACGUGAGACCAAUAUGUCUUCCCAGAAGCGAGCAGCUGCUGCAGAGGAGCUACGCGAGAAAAAAUCUGAUGGUGGCCGGAUGGGGUAAAACUCAGAACAUGUCGGAGAGCAACGUCAAAUUGAAAUUGGAAGUCCCAGUGAAUACGUCAGAAGAAUGCGACCGAACUUACCGACAGGCCGGAGUCAGCCUGAUAAAAGGUCAGCUUUGCGCUGGCGGUAAAAAGGGCGAAGACUCCUGCAGAGGUGACAGCGGGGGGCCAUUGAUGUCGCUGGACAGUGAGAACGGAGAAAUCAAUUGGUAUUCGGUAGGGAUUGUUUCGUUUGGGCCGACUCCCUGCGGGAUGGCCAACUGGCCCGCCGUCUACACUAGGGUCUCGACCUACGUCGACUGGAUCGUCAGGAAUUUAAAGCCAUGAGUUAGCGUGUAGUUUCCUUAUUAAAUGUUUUUAUAUAUUUAUAUAAUUA